AUGUCUCUUCCGGGUGUUUUUCUUUUUUCACACUACGUGGAAAGCUUUUGGAGUACACCUCCGCCUCUCGUGGACUGGUCGGGUGUUCCUACUUUGGUUUUGGUUUUGGUAGCGGUUGUAAUGGCGGCCACAGCAUUGUUGGCGCGAUCGCCAGACACCAAGCGCCCAACGCGCCUUCCUGGUCCACCUGCCUUACCACUCCUUGGCACUAGGUGGCUGUUUUGGAGUCGAUACAAAAUGAAUAAGCUACACGAGGCUUACGAAGACAUGUUCAGGCGGUACGGGCCGGUGUUCGCCGAGACGAUGCCAGGGGGCGCAACCGUAGUCUCUAUAGCUGAAAGAGCGGCGCUCGAGGCUGUGCUCCGGACCCCGGCUAGGAGACCUUACCGGCCUCCUACCGAGAUCGUGCAGGUCUACCGCAGGAGUCGACCUGACAGAUAUGCAUCUACUGGAUUGGUUAAUGAACAAGGUGAGAAAUGGUUCCAUCUGCGUCGCCACUUAACUUCCGAGCUCACCAGCCCUCACACAAUGCAGGGCUUCCUGCCGGAAUUGAACAGCAUCUGUGACGACUUCCUAAACUUACUGCAAUCCUGUCGGCGGCCUGAUGGGACUGUUUAUGGUUUCGAGCAGCUCACCAACCGGAUGGGACUUGAAUCUGUAUGCGGUUUGAUGCUGGGCACAAGGUUGGGAUUUUUGGAGCGUUGGAUGUCCGGGCGAGUCGCGGCGUUGGCUUCCGCAGUGAAAGCUCACUUCAGGGCCCAAAGGGACUCAUACUACGGUGCGCCGAUCUGGAAGUUUGCGCCUACCUCUUUGUACAAAACCUUUGUAAGAAGCGAGGAAACAAUACAUACGAUAAUAUCGGAGCUCAUGGAUGAGGCGAUGUCGCGUACGGCAGGCGCUGCUCAGGACGACGGCAUGCGCGAGAUCUUCCUCAAUAUUUUAGCAAACCCUGAGCUCGACAUGCGCGACAAGAAGGCCGCUGUCAUCGACUUUAUCACCGCUGGCAUUGAGACGUUGGCAAACAGCUUGGUGUUCCUGCUAUAUUUAUUAAGUGGUCGACCAGACUGGCAGCAGAAAAUACGCUCUGAAUUGCCAUCUUGUGGAGAGCUGCGGGUCGAAGAGUUGGCCGCCGCAUCUUCAAUACGCGCUGCCACCAAUGAGGCGUUCAGAUUGCUCCCAACCGCACCCUUCCUCGCGAGGUUAUUGGAAGCGCCCAUGACGAUCGCCGGUCAUCGCUUACCAACUGGGACGUUCGUGCUGGCGCACACGGGCGCCGCAUGUCGCCGCGAGGAGAACUUUUGGCGCGCGCACGAGUAUCUGCCCGAGCGCUGGACGCACGUGCGCGAGCCGCACGCCGCCGCGCUGGUCGCGCCUUUCGGCCGUGGCCGUCGCAUGUGUCCCGGCAAGCGCUUUGUCGAGCUCGAGCUCCAUCUCAUACUCGCUAAGAUAAUGCGGCAGUGGCGAGUUGAAUUUGACGGAGAGUUGGAUAUUCAGUUUGAUUUCUUGCUGUCACCAAAGUCACCGGUUUCAUUGCGAUUAGUCGAGUGGUAG